ACAUCAUGGCCGUACAAAAAUCAGACUGGCCCUUGUAAUGAUUUUUGUUUUCACAAUUCCAAAAAGUUAAGUGUUAACUAUCAGGAUGGAGGUGUUCAACAAGUUCUACUCAUCGGUCAGCAACACAGUGUCGCAGUUGUCAGGCGUUUUGCCUGGAAACCCUGUCACUCGGGAGUUCGAGGCGACUGAGUUCAUCGCUACUGCAGGACCAGGUUUACUAUGGAAAGUUUACAAAGGUUACAAAAAAUCCACAAAACAGGAGGCCUCCAUCUUUGUAUUGGAAAAGAAGCAAUUGGACAGAUGGAACAGAGCUGAUAAGGAAAUCAUGAUUGAAACAUUAAAACGUGGUAUUGUUCAGCUGACGAAGCUCCGACACCCGCAGAUCCUCACCGUCCAACAUGGUCUCGAAGAAAGUAGGGAAAGUUUAGCAUUUGCCACUGAACCUAUUUUUGCAAGUCUCGCAAAUAUUCUCGGCAACACAGAUAAUAUGCCGCAACCAAUCCCGAAAAUCUUAGUCAACUAUAAACUGUUCGAUGUUGAAAUAAAAUAUGGGUUAAUGCAGAUCGCUGAAGGUUUGGCCUUCCUUCACCAAGACGUCAAACUCCUCCAUCAUAACAUCUGUCCAGAAUCAAUCAUCGUCAACCAGCAGGGUGCUUGGAAGAUAUUUGGCUUUGACUUUUGUGUCGCUAACCAGAGCCCAGCUGGUUCUGAGCCGUUCUGGCCUUUCACUGAACAUUGUCAGGCUAUGCAUCCGUUGACCCAGCCAGCACUUGAUUAUGUGGCUCCAGAGUACGUCCUAUCGGCGUCACACUCUCAAGCAAGUGACAUGUACUCUCUCGGCAUGCUCAUCUACACAAUACAUAGUCCUGGUCAUCAGACGUUGGGGGGUAUUGGUAAUGAUUACUACCAGUUCAAACGGUUCGCACAUGAUAUAAGACAGUUACCGUCGUCGAAAUUGGCAUGUGUCGCGGAUGGACUGAGAGAGUAUGUCAAAUUGAUGCUGAACUUUACACCAGAAUUGAGGCCAGACCCACAUCAGUUCCUAAAGAUUCCGUAUUUCGAAGAUGUUGGUGUGAAAACAUUGAACUACCUGGACUCUCUAUUCCAAUGGGAUAAUCUACAGAAGUCACAAUUCUACAAGGGCCUUCCCCAAAUCAUACAGAAAAUGCCUCACCGUGUCUGCGUAUACCGGAUCUUACCGUGUCUCAGUAAAGAGUUCGUCAACCCGCCUAUGGUACCGUUCGUUUUACCAAACGUACUGCUCAUCGCUGAGAAUUCUAGCAAGGAAGAGUAUAUCAAGCACAUCUUACCAGUAUUGAAGCCAGCCAUGUUAAUUCAGGAUCCCAUUCAAAUUCUGUUGAUAUUCAUGCAAAAGAUGGAACUGUUACUGAAAUUAACACCCGGGGAAGAAGUGAAGACAGACAUACUGCCAAUGUUGUACAGAGCAUUGGAGUCUGACGCUCAGCAGAUACAAGAGUUAUGCUUGUCGGUGCUACCAACAUUUGCUUCGCUGAUAGACUAUCCGGCGAUGAAGAAUGCGUUGUUGCCACGUAUAAAGAAGUUGUGUAUAAACACGAACUACCUGUCUGUCCGUGUGAACGGGCUGCUGUGUCUGGGCAAGUUGUUGGAGCAUUUAGACAAGUGGUUGGUGCUUGAUGAGAUCAUUCCCUUCCUGCCGCAGAUACCGUCGAGAGAACCAGCUGUCUUGAUGGGAAUCUUAGGCAUAUACAAACUUGCUCUAAGCCACAAGAAGCUCGGCAUAACCAAGGAGGUGAUGGCCACUAAAGUCCUGCCGUUCCUAAUCCCUCUCUGUGUCGAGAACGGCCUGACCCUCAACCAGUUCAAUGCUCUGGUCAGUCUGGUCAAACAGAUGAUCAGCAAAGUGGAGACGGAACACCGGGCCAAAUUGGAACAACUCAACUCCAUACAGAAUGAGUCUAAGGGUUUAGAGCACGCUCUGGCUUCUCAGGAGUCGUUGGUACCGGCGCCGCAGCCGCCGAGCGAGCUAGAUUCGAUGUUCUCCGGGCUAGGCAUCGACGCCUUCUCAGGGACUGAUCAGAAAUCUCCGGAGCUCACCCCUCAGGUGUCCAGUGUCAGUAUCGGGGUCAGCCCUAGUCAGUCGGCAAUGGCGCUUAGUUUAGAAGAUAAGCAGAGACUAGCGCAACAACAAGAAACAGUGCGAAAGUUCGCGCAGCAGAAACCGCUGAACCCUCCACCAGCACCGGUCACACAGCCUGCCAAACCGACUGACCUCACCAGCACAUUACUACAGACCAACCUCAACCAACUCUCCAGCAAAUCAUUCCUCGCCCCCUCCAACAGUCAUCCUGGGCACACCAUGGCCCCUCGACACAGCAUACCCGUCAUGCCAAACAACGCACAAAAUUACAACUUCCAAAGCUUCCAAAUUCCAUCGUCAAUAGGAUUACCCGACGGCAGCCACCUCCAAUCAAACGUCACCUCCAACCAAUGGAACGCUAAUAGCGGCAACUUCAACAACAAAUGGGCCAAUAACCAAAGCCAUCCAGCCAAUGUCAAACAGGAUUGGUCGGCUUUCGAAUCCCUAUUGCCCAAUCAGAAGACAGAAAAUGCGAAUAAUAAUGUGAAGAAAUUGAAUGAUAAUGAAAUGAUGGAUUUGUUGAGUUAAAUUUUGACGCUACUUUUCAGGUAAGUUCGUAUUUUAAACUUCGAAUCGAAUUUGAUUUGAUUGGCGUAUGUUUCAUGACGUCAUCAAGUUGAACGCUAUGAAGUCAGUCGCGAUCAGUGAUUGGCUACUCGACCAUUCCGAUUGGUUAUAACGUAUUAUCAAUUAUGCAUUGUAAAUUAAAUGUAGCCAACUAUUUUAAGAUAUCUCGUACUUAUUUAUAAUCUACUUAGUUUUUCGGUAUGCUGUAUACAAUUUUAGAAAUAAAGUGGAUUUAAGAUGUUAGGUAAAUUAGAUGAAGAUCAUGAUACUAUAAUCUUAUGUUGUCGCUUGUUAUUUCGCUAUUUAUCGUUAUCGGAGGAUGGAGGAUUAGACAGGGAAUUGUCAAAGGUCGUUUCACACUGAGCAUAGAAUCUAGUGGCGCCUGUUGACGACACUCGAAGAACUAAUGUUGGCGGCGGUAGUAGUAUUCAAACUCCAUCGAGAACUAGGAAAUUAUUUACGUAAGUUAAACAGACAAGAAAAACAUGCCACGUCAGCAAAGUCCAUGGCGUAAGUCCAGUAAUAUUGCCAGAGCAAAAUAUAUUACUAUAAAAAAUAUUUAUUAAGCUUUGACGUUGCCAACACUGCCGAACGAUAGUCUAUCGAUAGUUUUGAUAGCUAUUGAAAACGAUAUCAUUACACUCCGUCUAUGCUAUUGUCAGGUUUCCCUAUUGAUAGAAUUAUAUUUAUUUUUAGACGUAAAUAUCCAUAGUUUGGCAACACUAAUAUAGUGUUGUCACCUGUUAUUGUAUUUGCUAUGAUGAAUAUGUAUAAAAGUGAGCUAGGUAUUAGUAGCCAUGAUUAUUUAAGAUAUUUCAAAUGCGCCCAUAGUCUGUGCUAAGUGUGAAACGAAUCUAUUUUUAUUAUAGUUUGUUAAACAUUCCUGUUAUGAAAUAAUGUUGCAGUUAGCGUGUUAAUUAUAUCAGCAAUGAGGGUACGUUUGCAUUUGAAACUGCUUUAUUUACAAAAUUAUUUAUUUUAAUUAUAAUUUAUUAAAUUUACAUUUCCGUAAAAAUAGUGUAAUCUGUUUUUUUAACUCACAAAAUAUAAGUUUGUUGUAGUAUAAUUUCUUCCUAGUGCUCGAGUUUUAGCUAGUCAGAAUAUAUUAUUUUAAUUUCUUAAAAAUUGCAAGAGAGACGGGGUUAAUUUACGUAUUUGUAUCUGGUAACACUAAGAUAAUCGGCUACGUAAAACACCUAAAUAAUACUUUACCGUAUUUUAUUUUGAUGUAAAAAUCAAUAUAAGCUCACGACUACAUCCCAAUUGUGGUAGUCGAACAUAUCGCAUCGUAUGAUGAACUAAGUACCCGUGUUUCAAAGUUUUAUUUGGCUAACGUGUGAUGAGGCGAACUGUAUCGCCUGGUCGCGUCUGGUAAUUACCUAAUUCUGUAUUCCUGUAAUUCUGGUAAUUAUAUAAUUCUGUAUUCCUGUAAUUCUGGUAUUUUUUCUCUCGAUAUAUGAUUAACAAAAGAUUUUAUACUACAAUAAUCUUUAUAACAAGUGGUAUGUAUCUCGCCUGUACUAUUAAGCUGUUUAUAGAAUAAAAUAUUACGAAAAUGUUUUAUAUUACUGACUACGUUAUAAAACUGAUCUCUUGUAAUGAAAUAAAAUGGACUAAAAUGGUAA